GGAUACUGGGUAAUCAUGGCUGCCGUAAGAACUCCGUUGUCCCUGUGGAGGUUCCAGUUGGGCACUCGGCGAGCACAGCGGGUCUGUACUCGGGUUGCAGCUCAGCGUCACCCCGAUGCUCUGCUCGCGACGCGGCCCCUGCCCUUCGGGGUGGGGCUGCCCUGUCGCCCGCUCAGCUCCGAGGCCGAAUCUGGUAGCUCAGACGUCAAGAAACCUUCGUUUAUGGAUGAGGAGGUUCAGCGUCUCCUCACCAAGAUGACAGGCCUGGACUUGCAGAAGACUUUCAAGCCUGCUGUACAACCACUGAAGCCACCAACUUAUAAGUUAAUGACCCAGGCACAGUUGGAAGAGGCCACUAGACUGGCAGUUGAGGCAGCUAAAGUCCGAUUAAAGAUGCCACCAGUUUUGGAAGAACGAAAACCAAUAAAUGACGUAUUAGCUGAUGAUAAGAUUUUGGAAGGAACAGAAACACACAAAUACGUGUUUACUGAUAUAUCUUAUAACAUACCACAUCGGGAACGUUUUGUUGUUGUUAGAGAGCCAAGUGGCAUACUACGCAAAGCUUCAUGGGAGGAACGGGACAGGGUGAUACAAAUUUAUUUCCCAAAAGAAGGUCGUAGAGUUUUGCCACCAGUAAUUUUCAAAGAUGAAAACCUUAAGACCAUGUACAGCCAAGACCGGCAUGCUGAUGUCCUCAAUCUCUGUGUUGCCCAGUUUGAGCCCGAUUCCCCUGAGUAUAUCAAGAUUCAUCAUCAGACCUAUGACGACAUAGACAGACAUGCAAAGUAUGAGCUUUUACGAUCAACAAGACACUUUGGCGGAAUGGCUUGGUAUCUUGUAAAUAAAAAAAAGAUUGAUGGUUUGCUCAUCGAUCAGAUCCAAAGAGACUUGAUUGAUGAUGCCACCAGCCUGGUCCAGCUGUAUCACAUGCUCCAUCCAGAUGGCCAGUCAGCUCAAGAGGCCAAAGAGCAGGCUGCUGAGGGAGUAAAUUUAAUUAAGGUCUUCUCAAAAACAGAAGCACAGAGAGGAGCAUAUAUAGAAUUAGCACUUCAGACUUCUCAGGAAGUAGCCCUCAGCCAUUCUGCAACAUCCUAAGAACAGCAAUUAAACAUGCAUUUCAAUUUCUUAACUGCUAGUGUCAUUCCAUUUGAUAAUACUGAGCUGAACAGUUUAAAACCUCAGGAUUAAAAGGUACUGACUUGUUUUCUAUAAUUUGUUUUCUGCUUUUUAAAUUCUCAAAUAUUUGUUACCCUACUCAAUUUCCAAGUGGCAUUGAGGUGACUGAAGUUUAUAUUUUGAUUGCCUGGUUAUGAAUUUCUUUAUUUACAUUAAUGCAGGUAAAAAAGCAAAACAAAAACCACUGCCACAAUACCAAAGAGGCCAACAGGUAAUGUUGACAGCCCAGCUGGACAAGCCAGGGUGUAUGCCCACCAGGCAAACUAAGAUACAAGAUCAGAACCAGGCUUUGAACAAUAUCGUUAGCUAUCCAAAGCAAGGAGAGU